AUGGAAAAAAUCUCCACACCACGAAAUAUUAUUAUUGAUAAAAUAAAUACAUUAAAACAAACAGUUGAAACAUUUAAAGGAUUAACAACAGAUACAAACAAUUCUAAUAUAAAUAAUAGAAUACAAAUCAAUGAUUAUUGUGAAAAGAUUAGUACUGCAAGUCAUAAUGAACCAAUAAAUAGUAAUACUGCACUAUUAAAUGUUCCCAUAAAUUCACCAUUUCGAUCAUCCGUCUCAUCUUCAUCUAGUGCUUCAUCAUCUACAAGCAAUGAACCGUAUACAAUUGGAAAUCAUAUGAUAAUUAAUCUGGUACCAAAAUCUCCUCCAUUGGCUUCAGUAUCUCGUCCUUCUCCAUUGUCUAAUAAAACACCUCCAACAAGUCCAUUAUUAAAAUAUAAUUCUUCUACAGUAUCAUCACCUCCAUUAUUGAACAAUAUUAAACAAUUAACUGACCGUAUAUCAGGACGAACAUCCCUAUUACGUCGACAUUUAUCUGAUAAUAAUCAAGAAACAUCCUAUGAUACAUCCUCAUCACAGCCUAUUAUUGGUGCUCAAAUAUAUAAUCGAACAGACAAAAAUAAGAAUGAUAACAACGAUAGAGACGAUCUACGAUCUCGAGCAUUAAUAAGGCAAUCCACUGAUACAACUUGUACAUUUCCUAUUCGACGAACAAUUCGACGUCAAUUAUCGGUUGAAACCGUUGAAAUACCUGGUCUUAAUGGUGUUAAAGUUGUUCGAUAUUUACACGAUAAUCUAGGUCGAUUACAACCAGAUUUAUAUAAACAAAUACCAAAUACUGAUCCAUCAUAUGGUUAUGGAAAAAUUUAUUUUAGUCUAUUUUAUAAUCAAACUCUUUCCGCUCUUAUUGUUAAUAUUGAUAAAAUUGAAAAUUUACCUGGACGAGAUUCAAAUCGAUCUCAACCAUGUGAUGCUUAUGUUAAAUUAAAUCUAUUACCUGAUCGUCGAAAAAAAUAUCAAACAAAAGUACAAAAACGUAAUUUAAAUCCAUCAUUUCAAGAAACAUUUCAAUUUAGUAUUACACGUGAUGAAUUAUAUAAACGAACAUUAUUAUUGGCUAUAUAUGAUUUUGGUCGAAUAACAAAACGAAGUCUUAUUGGAACAGUUAAAGUUGAUGAAUUACAAUCAGUAAAAGAUUUAAUGAUAAAUGAUGUAUCAUAUCAAAAAAGCAUCGUACCAGGAACAGAGGUUAGUACAUUGUCUAAGUAUUUUCAAAUAUGUGUUCGACUAAUAAUAGUCUUAAAAUUUCAACAGAAAAAAGUUUAUUCUUACAUAUGAGAAUAAAUGAAAAUUGUUAUGUUUGCUUUACAAAUAAUGACUUUGUUCCUGUUUUUUCUUUAAACAACAUAAUAUUGCUAAAAAAUCGGGAUAUAUUACAAUCAUUAAAAUAGAUUGCUUUUAAACAAUCUAUAUUAAUGAAAGAGGCGUGUAAUUCGAUUAAGAGAAAUAAAAAGUUGAAAAAUAUAUAUGUUUAAAAGUGAAAGGCAAAAGUUACGUAGAUUACGAUAAAAAAAUUUGUCGUGUAGAUUCUCAUUCCAUGAUUGAAAAGUUCGAUCGUUAAAUGAAAAUAAUUUGUUAUUAGAAUAUUAUUAGAUCCUUUUUAUUUGAUAAAAAAAAAAAAAAAAAAUGUCCUUUCUUCAUUGAUCUGUUAAACAUAGAACACGAGUUAGCAGAAUGACUAUAAUUCAAGAUUUUUACGGCAACAACUUUUAUCACACAAUUCAACAGAUUUUUUUCCAAGAUAAUAAUAUUUAGUAGUCGUUCACUAUUGGUUUGUAUCAGCUGGAAAAAAAUUUGAUAAACGAUUAGAAUAGUAAAUUGUAUUAUAACUAGUCGUGCAUAUUGAAUUAGAUAUAAAUCGUCUAGACAUUCUUCAAUUUUUUUUUUCUUUUAAAAAUAUGUUUUGAUUAUAAAUUGUUGAUCAAAAAUGUUAUUAGGAAAAAAACAGUAAUAUUUACUAAAUUGAAUGGCUAUGUGAAAGAAACAUUGUUUUGUAUUUAUAUAUAUUUUACAUAGAAUAAAUCGAUGAUUUGUACUAAACAAACACAACUACAUCCGAUUAAGUAUUAUGCAACUCUUAUAUAAUCAAAGAAUUCAAUCUAUUUUAUUGAUAAAAAUCAAAGUUUGUUUGAUAAAGUUUCAAACUUCAAAUCAAAAACUAUUUAUCAGUUAACAUGAGAAACUAAUUCACAUUCAUACGAUAGUAAAAUGAAUUUGUCGAUAGAAAGAAACGCCUUAUUUCUGAUGUAAUGCCUGUAUUAGAUAAAAAGAUGAGUAGUCGCAUUCAUUCAAUAGAUAAAAACAUCAGAAUAAACAAAAAAAAAAUCAAAUUUGAGAAGAAAAAAAAAUAUACAAAUAAAAAUACAAUAGAUAGAUGUGGACGAUAAUUUUUAGAGAAUAAAAUAGAUUAGUAGCAUAACUCAAAUUUAUUAACAUCUAUCAAAUAUUUAAAUGGGCUUUUUUGAUCGUGUAGUAAUACGAUAAUGUGAGCGUAGACUAUUAACAAUGCUAAAUCUUUGAAUCGAGUCUUUUUGUAUCGUAACUAUUAUUGUUCAUCAUACGGUUAUUGUUCGAAUGAAAAAUAUUAUUUUGUUUUUUUUUGCUAGUUUAGUAGAAAUUUUCUUAUAUCAUUCAAUUUUUGUUUAAUAAUCAUUGGAUUUUCGAUUAUUUAUGAUAGAUUAAAUGUAUUUCUUG